AUGUACCCAAAUCCCGGACCUCCUGCUGCUUGGACGCCAAAUGCCAAUGGUCAACCGCCGCAGCAACAACCACAGCAAUCACACCCUCAGCACCCCCAACAUCCUCAUCAACACCCCCAUCAACACCCUCAUCAACAGCAGCAACAUCAACAACCUUUGCAACACCAGCAACAUCCUCCACCACCACCUUCCACUUCUGCCCCUCCACAACACCAGCAGCAGUGGGCGCAACCACCUCCAACACAUCCCAACGCCCAGUAUCCUCAACAGCGUCAUCCCACUCAGAUCCCUCCCAUCAGUCAGGCAUUGCCUCAAGGAGGACCUCCAAAUAUGACCACUCUCCAACCUUCUCACCCAGACCACUACCGCUCGCUGCCACCACCUCCAAUGUACGGACAUGCUCCGCCAGGACACUAUCAGCAGCCUCUCCCUUACCCUCCUCAACCCGCACCUCGCCAAAGAACGGCUAUUGCCUGUCGCUACUGCCGGCGUCGUAAGUCCGAGGAUGGUCGUUGCACAAACUGCCAGCGUUUCUCGCAGGAGUGUGUCUUCACACCCGUCUCAGCACAGUCGCAGGCCUUCGUCCCGGCGCAUACCGUUUGGCGGAACCAGGGCGGACCCCCUCAGCAACUGUACGGAGCAUAUGGCCAGCCUCUUCCUCCUCAGCAACAUGCGAGCCGUGAUCCCUAUCCUCCUCCGCAACACGCCUACCCUCCUCCUCAGGGUUACCCUCAAGGGCCACCAGUCUACGCCAUGCCUCCAGGCCACAUGCCUCAAGGACCUCCCCCUGCUCAUGUCGCACCUCCACAACCCACUGGAACACCGAAUCCUGCUCAGGAAGCUGGUCGCAAGCGUCCAAACGAGGAGCCGCACACACCGACUCUCCCGCCACCAAACCCUGCCCAGGCCGCUCAGGUUGCUCAGAUGCCUCAACAAGGACCUCCUCCACCUCACGCUCAGCCUCAGUACACUUACCCUGACCCCACUGUUUUGACGCCUGCAGCUGGCUCUCCUGCUUCUUCCAACACUUCGUUCCAAUCCGCUCAACCUCAUGCUCAGCCAUACUUUGCACCUGCUCCCGCACGCAAGCCGUCGCCUCAACAAAACAGCUACUCGUACGAUCAGCCUCGUCCUUCUCACUCUCCCCACACCCACGCCGCGUCUGUCAAUCCGGCUGCAUACAAUCCGGCUAUGACGUCUCAUCCAGACACCAAGCCUGUUCCUUCGAGCUCGGAACGUUCAAGCCCAACCAACGCUACCAGGGGCGUGCGCAUCAACGAACUGGUCGGCCCCAGUGGUCAGCCUCAGUCCCAGCCUCAGCAAAACCACACUCCGGCCCCACCACCCCCUCCUCCUUCUACCGCUGCUCACUCGCAGCAGCCUCAACAAGCACCAGGUGCUCCUCAAACAGCAUCUCAGCAGGCGCAGAACCAGGUCAACUCUGAUGGUAGCAGAAGCCAGGCUGAUAACACCAUGCUUAACAAGCUCAACAAGCCGCGCAACAUGUAG